AUGGUACUGACUUUAUGGAGACAUUUGCUCCAGUGGCUAGGCUUGACACAAUCAAGCUUCUUUUUGCCUUGGCUGCACGCGAAGCAGAUGGAAGAUUCACCAAUUGGAUGUCAAGUCACUUUUCGAAUGGUUUUCGAAAGAAGAAAUCUACAUAGAGCAACAGAUGGAUUUAAAGUUCCAGGAGAAGAGAACAAGCGAAUCGAGGCGAUCAAUGACUUCAAGACUCAAAUGAAGGAAAUGUUUGAUAUGAGUGACUUAGGAGCCAUGACAUACUUCCUUGGUAUGGAAGUGAACCAGUCUAAUCGAGGAAUCUUUAUCAACCAGCAAGCAUUUGCCCUGAAGAUCUUAGACAAGUUCUGCAUGUCUAAUUGUAAAUUAGUAAACACACCAAUAGCUCAAGGAGAGAAGCUGACCAGCUUUGGAAACCAAGAAAGAGUUGAUGAGAAGGAAUACAGAAGCCUAGUUGGCUGUUUACUUUAUUUGACAGCAACUAGACCUGAUCUUAUGCAUGCUGCAGCAAAAAGAGUACUUAGAUAUGUCAAGGGAACUUUGAAGCUUGGUGUCAUGUUUAAGAAAGAAAAUGAGCUUAAACUUAUGGGAUAUUCAGACAGUGACUGGGCAGGCUCUGCAGAUGACAUGAGAAGCACCUCGGGUUAUUUUUUCACACUUGGCUCAGGAGCAUUUUGUUGGAGUUCAAAGAAGCAACAAACUGUUGCUCAAUCCACGGUGAAGCGAGUAUAUUGCGGAAGAAGAAGAUGA